AUGCCGUUUCUCGAGUUGCUCACAAAUGCCACCCUCUCACGCGAGCAGAGUAAGGAGCUCGCCCUUUCGCUGUCCAAAACAGCGUCGGAGAUCCUACGGAAGCCUGAGGCUCUAAUUUCAGUUAGAGUGCAGGCUAAUGAGGUCUUGACAUUUGCGGGUACCCAUGAUCCAUGCUUCCAGUUACGGAUAACAUCUCUGGGAAAUCUCAAACCGGACAAUACCAUUCUCUUCUCUAAGGCCUUUGCGGAUUUCCUUAAGAUCAAGAUUGGAGUUGAAAACGAUCGAGGCUAUAUCGUUUUCAGUGACCCAGGAUAUAAGGGAACAACCGGAGCCGAACUGUGGGGCUCAAAGCAUGAAUAG